GUGGGGCAACUAGGUUUCAUGUGGAAUUCUACUGAACGUUUCACCCUUUUACUCAUUUGUUGACUAAGACCUUAACAACUGUGUACGUUAUAUUCUUAACAUCGUGCCCUCAAAAAAUGCAAAAUUUUUAGAAACGUAAUAUUCCCCGGAUUACUUCCGGAUUAAUAAAGUUGAUUUAAAGCGUCCGCCCGAUAGGCGUUUAAAACGCUCCGACUGUCCUCGAAGGCAUCACGAGGCAAGAAGGGCAGGAAUUAAAGGUUCGCUGCUUGAAAUGUCCUCGUAGCGAGAGGAACAAUGAGAUCGCUCCGCAUGAAUGGACACGUCGAUCUGCACCAACUGUCAUGCAUGCGGCCGGGCCCCUAGCCUGCACGCUGCACAUCCCCAGCCCCUGAGCCAGUGUGCUUCCGCCAGCUGGAGGCCCGUCCUCCCCCUGGCCUCCGUUUCUCCCCUUGCCCCCUGUCAGCUCCAGAGUUCCCUAUGUUAACCCUCUUGAGCAUGUUUUACUAUAUCUGUCUGCGGCGACGCUCCAGGAGUGGGACUCGAGGCGAGGCCCUGACCAGCCGACGUGCCGUGGAGUCGGGCCAGCGCGCGGUGCUGCCGGUCAGCGUGGAGGUGGAGCAGUAUGCGAAGGAAGUCCUGGACUUCAGCUCCCACUAUGGCAGUGAAAAUAGCAUGUCGUACACCAUGUGGAACCUGGCCGGGGUGCCCAACGUGUACCCCAGCUCGGGGGACUUCACCCAGACGGCUGUAUUCAGAGCUUACGGCAAGUGGUGGGAACAGUGUGCCAGUACUCCACCACCUUUCCGCUGCACCCCUAAAAGCUUCCACAGCCAGGAUUAUAUUGAGCUGGGCUUCGAGGAGCCCGUCUAUCCUACAGCAGUGGAGGUGCUUGAGACUUAUUACCCCGGAGCCAUCGUCCAGAUCCUGGCCUGCUCUCACAACCCCUUCUCCCAGAAUCCACCUACUGAUGUCAGGUGGGAGGUGCUGUGGUCAGGGGAGCCCACCAAGAUGCUGACGCCGCAGGCGCGCCAGUUCUCCCCGAACAUCAAGCACAUCAACUUCCCCACCAACCUGCUGCGUCUGGAGGUCAACAGCUCCCUGCUGGACUACUACACCGAGCUGGACGCCGUGAUCCUCCGCGGGGUGAAAGAGAGGCCCAUGCUGGCCCUCUACAAGAUGCCCGUCAUCGACAUCAGCGACCUGAGCGACAGCGAGGAGGAGCUGUCCGACCUGGGCGGUCCGUUCAGGCAAGGAGGCGACGGCAAGCAGGGAAACGGCUACUUUGACAAGCUGCCCUAUGAGCUCAUCCAGCUGAUACUGAGCCACCUGACCCUGCCAGACCUCUGCCGUCUGGCCCAGAGCUGUAAGCUGCUUCACCAUCACUGCUGUGACCCGCUGCAGUACACCCAGCUGAGUCUGCAGCCCUAUUGGGCCCGGCUGAGUGACGCCUCCCUGGGACACCUGCAGAGUCGCUGCACACUCCUCCAGAGGCUCAACCUGUCCUGGACGGGCAACCGCGGAGCGCUCACCCUGCCCGGCAUCAGCAGUUUCCUGAAGGCAUGUGGUCUCAGCUUGGUCUGUCUGGAGCUGUCGUGCUGCCACUUUCUGAAUGAGGCCUGUCUGGAGGUCAUCUCCCAGACUUGUUCAGAGCUGCAGGAGCUCAACCUGUCCUCCUGCGACCGCCUGCACCCGCAGGCCUUCACGCACAUCUCGAAACUAACCCGCCUCCGCCGGCUGGUGCUCUACCGGACCAAGAUAGAGCAAACAUCUAUUCUAAACAUCCUGACUUUCUGCAUAGAGCUGAGACACCUCAACCUAGGGAGCUGCGUGAGGAUUGAUGACUGUGACGUUGUGGCCAGCAUGCUGGCCACUCGCUGCCGCUCACUCCGCUCACUGGACCUGUGGCGCUGCAGAAACCUGACAGAUCGAGGCCUGGCCGAGCUCGUCUCUGGCUGCAGGAUGCUGGAGGAGUUGGACCUGGGCUGGUGUCCCACGCUGCAGAGCAGCACCGGAUGCUUCCAACACCUUGCCCGCCGACUGCCGCGCCUGCGCAAACUCUUCCUCACGGCUAACCGCACCGUCUGCGACGCGGACGUCGAGGAGCUGGCUACUGGCUGCCCCUCACUGCAGCACCUGGACAUACUGGGUACGCGCUUGGUGAGCGCUGCCUCCCUGAAGAAGCUCCUCCGGGCGUGUCCUCGGCUUCUCCUCCUGGACGUCUCCUUUUGCUCCCAGGUAGACAUGCGGGUCGUCCAGGAGCUCUGCGGCCUCUUCCCCAACGUCGCCAUCAAGAAGAGUUUCACUCAGUGAAACCCCCCCCCCGGCACUGUCCAGAGGAAGUAAGAGCAGGGGGAGUGCUCACCAGCGAACACUGCCUCAGAGUGAACAGGAGUCAGGUCAGAUACUGGAGGAGAUGUGCAAAACCCGCCUGCGUCUGUAUCACAGACAAGAUCUGUCAGUGGUCUGUGAACGAGUUGGACUGGGUGAGGACGUCCUGUGAGUGAACAGCCUGGACUUUAACUACUACAGACUGCUAGUUAAAGGAUUAUAGAACUUUUUUUUUUUGUCGUCAAUUUUUUCAACACUUGAAAUUAGAGUCGCUGCAGUUAAAAGAUGCUGCAUCUUCGCAGAACAUGAAUCACCACUAAUGUAUUGCCAAGAGAAAAAGCUAUGAAAGAUGCCUUCCUACUGAGUGCAAGACACACAAACAAUCCAACAAUUGUGAGCAACCCUCUCCUGAACGUCACACGAGUGUAAGAAAAUGGGAAACCAAAAAAAAUCCCUUAUUGGAAGCUGUGGAGAAAAAAAAUGGUUUGGUCAAAAUCUCAUGUUAGCUGGUGACAUAUUUCAAGAUCAGGGCCUUGAGUCAGUGCUUUGUCGGAAUGUGCUGCCAACGUGGGCUGUCUUAAUAAACGAGGGGUCGUUCUGAGAGCGUCUGUCAACAUCAAGGCAGUCUGAUUUUGAUUCUAAGGAUUCAUACUUGAUACGGCUUGUGUUGACAGAUAUUGAUGAGCGUUAAAGAGCUGGAACAAAGUAGUUGCAGUGCUGCUUGGAUUGUGCCAACUGGAACCUUAAUGCAGGUGUCACAGGUUGUACGUUGCCGCAAACUGGCCUGACUAAAUCUCGUGCUGAAGUGAAACAACAACAGCACCGCAGGUUCGACUAUCUGUGUGCGCCUGAGAGACACCAACAUCAUGUUGUUUUCGCCCAGGAACGUGUGAGAACUUGCGAAAAACCAAACUGGUACAAAAUUAGUUUUAAUUUACACAUGCUGCAAAUUCAGACGCAGAAAAAAAAAACGACACACACACCCAAGGCAUCAAAUCAACAGCUGUCAUACGGAGUCAUUUGAAAUAAUAACCAGCAAGAAGUCACAGUUGGAACAACCCGACACCAAAAGCUAUAGAAUGCACAGUGGUAGAAAUCAGAGAACAGCAGCUAAGCCUCUCUGGGAAGAAGCUGAAAUCAGUGACUGUUUGACAUUUUGCUUUGUUGAAAACCCCCCAAACGCUCGAAACAACAAGUAAAUCAUCUAAAGUUUUGAAGGAAUUUACUCCGAGUUGACUUAUCGACCAGUUGACAGUUUAUUUCAGGAGUAAUCUGUCAACCAGACAGGUCGGAUGCAACGAACAACAAGGAUCUAUCACUUUCGUAUCGUUGUCAGACACACUGAACAAUUUGUCAGUUGCAAAAUGACCUGUUGGAUUGCAUAGCAGUAGUUUUACGUUUGCUAGUUAUAUAGUUCUAACUCAAUAUCGGACCAAUUCCAAACAUUGUGUCCCUGUAAAUCAUUUAGACCCCAAAAAAGGUGGGAAAAAUGGUCCAAGGUUAAAAAUAAAUAUAUAAAUACUGGAAUUAUAACUUGAUGAAGAAUCAAAAGAGCUUAACUGAACUGGAGACUUGCUGGUUUACAUCUGUAGAGACAGUCAUCAGAUGUAACUUAUGUUUUGCCCUUUAUUUAAAAUGGAGUGUUCAUUGUUGAGUUCUUGGUGAGAUACUUCUAAAUCCCUUUAUCUCUAAAAGCAAAAGGUCAGGUCAGGUUUUUUCUUAAAGUCGGCUUGACCAAUGUUAAUGGUGUUUGGAGUGAUUGAUAAUCCAGUAUUCUAAGGGUCAUACAGGCCAGUCAUUUUGUUAGUAAUUGUUUUGGCCAUUUAGUUUUAAGGGAGCUUGUGGCGCUGGGUUUUUUUUUUUAGGAUGUCGCCGCCGCCGAGUGAUGAGGUUUGAACGUCACCGGUGCCACAGUGCUUUAACGAUGUUGCAUGUUUUUCUUCCUGUGGUUAUUCACAUUGAGCUGUUCGACUACCGCCACCUACUUAUGUGCUCGCCCACUAAACUGAAGUUCUGUGAAUGAGGCUGAGGAGAGUGAGGUUAGAAUGACAAAAUAUGUGAUCUCAGUAUUUGUCCUGAAACUCAGGGGUUAUAAAUUUCAUCUGGUUUUAAUUUUUCUAUUUUUCUUUUUAAAACAUAUAUUUUAUUCCACAAACCAGCACAACAUCUCUAUAGACUCUAAUUACACCAGAUACAUUAUAGUUAAUUGCAUUGUUAGGUUGCAGUAAUUGUAUGAUUGUGGAAAAAAUGUGUUCCUGUACCUGAUUGUUUCAUUUUUUUUGCUUCAUUUCUUUUUUUUUAGGGGGGGGGGGACUUGACUUGAAGUUUCCUUUCAAGCACAUUUGCUAUUGGUCAAUAUUUGUGCCUUAUACUCCCAGUCUGAAUGUGGUGUGGUGUAGAUCGUAGUGAAGUGCUUUGCUUUUACGCCCCGCAACCAAAGUAAUACACAGGAACCUGGUCACUAGUCACACUACUCCUAUAUUUGAGCAGUUUAUAUGCCAUAUGUUGUAUAUCAGCCAUGUUUAAUUAAUAUGCAAAAAAAACCCCAACAUUAUUUAUUUCUAAUGAUCCCUGUGUGAUGAAAAUGCUAUUUAAAUUCAUUAUCCUUAUGUAAAAAAACACAACAACAAAAAACUGUUUUAGGCUAUUCAUCUUUGGGAAAUACAGUGGGUGUUUUUAUUUUUUUCAUUUCUUAACCAAAGUCAAAUGAGAGGAAUGAUACCCGCUGAUUUCCGAUCAUUGCAUUCUGCAGGUCUCGCCUAGUUUAGCCCAGAGGACGGAGGGAUCUCGUUAGCUCGGCUCAGUACAAAGAACGCUACGUCAUGACUGAAAUGACUGAUGCUGGUGGUUUCCCUUCCCCUUUGUGCUAAGCUAGGCUAAAGUGCUGCCAGUCGUGGUGCAGGAUGCCCCUGAAAUCCGACCGCUACCAGUCUCCCAAUCUAAUAACGGGUUCAAUGGAAACCUCCUACAAUGCUGGACUGUCCCAUGAAAAGAAAUUGCAUUUAUGUUGAAAUUUGACUUUCUUUAGCAUCGGCUGUGUUUGAAAUGCGACGGGUGUGCCAACGGCGCGACGCUAAUGUGUGCAUCCACGUGCAGAGGGUGGGAAUCAGACAGUGGAGGCUGCCUGGCCCGCACCCAGAAAAACCCCAGGGAGUCACGUCAAGUGUAUUUUCAGAUGAUGACUUUUUAUGUUGUGUUCGCUCGCGACCUCGAGCGACCGGGACGACACUUGUUUUCCUGUCAAUGUUCUCUUCUCCCUGUCUGGGAUGUGUGGUCACUUGUGGUUGUACGUGCACUGAUGCCCCUUAACUGCUGGACUGUGAAAGCCGCUGUUGUGUGAGAAACAAAAGGUGUCUGUCGUGAUACGAUGGAACUGGGCGUUUCUCCUCCACCAGAUUUUCAAUAAACAGAAGGCUGAUGACCAAUG